GUUGCUGGGAGAUCUCUAACGCCGCCUCCUUUAGUCUCAAUUACAAGGUUCUAUCUUCAUCUUCUCCCCCCUUUCAUUUCAUUUUAUUUCGUUGCUUUUAUAACUACCUUCAACUGCGUCAUUGAAUUAGGGUAAGCAAUGGCAGUCCCCAAGCUUGAUAAGAAGAUCAUCAAGAAGCGUGUGAAGAAGUUCAAGAGGCCACAGAGUGACUGGAAGAUAUGUGUCAAGGAAAACUGGCGCAGGCCCAAGGGUAUUGAUUCUCGCGUAAGGAGAAAGUUCAAAGGUGUAACUCUUAUGCCCAACAUCGGGUACGGAUCGGAUAAGAAGACCCGUCACUAUUUGCCAAAUGGGUUCAAGAAGUUCGUUGUUCACAAUGCUAAGGAGCUUGAAGUCCUCAUGAUGCACAACAGGACGUACUGCGCUGAAAUAGCACACAAUGUAUCAACCCGCAAAAGGAAGGAAAUUGUUGAGCGUGCUGCACAAUUGGAUGUUGUUGUUACCAACAAGUUAGCCAGGUUGCGCAGCCAGGAAGACGAGUAAUUUUAUGCUUUAUGUUAUGGAUCCCCGUUUCUUUCGGUUCAUGUUAUCUUUUACUUUCAAGACGUUAAAUCAUUUAAUUUUCUACUCGACUAGAUCGUCUAGUUUUGUUACCAAGACUUUAAUGAUUUUUGUGGUCAAUGAAAUGAAUUUUGUGGAUCA